AUGGCGAGGCAUCACCGUGGCAGAUGGUGCCGCGGCGGCCGCCAAGCCAACCCGUGGGGCUCCGGCGGCAGCGGGCGAGACGAGGUGGACUCGAGCGUCGCUGAAGCGGGAAACCGCAACGGGCACGACGACCACUCGCGCGUCGCCCAGAGCCAGCCCGCCGAUGAGAGCCAAGCCGCGCCAUCCCUCGCGGAGGAGCCCGCCGCGCUGCUGCGGAAGGAGUUCGAGGCGAUCGGCAUCCACGUCUUCCGCCGCGGCGAGCCGGUGUUCCCGCCGGGCCCAGGGUACGGCGGCGCCGCGGGGACGCCGUGCGUCGGCAGGGCCAACCGCUUCCUCAGCCGCCUUGUCGACGAAGGCCUGCACCAGUACAACGUGACCAUUUCGCCGGAGCCGACGACCAAGCGCGCGUACAGGGAGGUCAUGACGAAGUUGGUGUCCGAGAACCAGCACACGGAGUUCGGCGGCCGCUUCCCCGCGUACGACGGCCGUGACUCGCUCUUCACCGCGGGCGCGCUGCCGUUCGGCACCAAGGAGUUGGAGGUCACCCUCUCUGCAGGCUGCGACAAGUAUAUGGACAAGGUGGCGAUCAAUCAUGCCCCAGCGAUCAGCCUGCUGCAGCUGAGGAUGCUGUUGGCGGGCUACCCCACUGACAUCCCCACGCAGGCGCCGCAGGUCCUCGAGACCGUGCUGGGUGACGUCCUCUUCAACGAACGCGAUGACAUAGAACGCAUCCCGAUUGGCCCCAAUGAUCGUACACUGGGUGUUGAGGCAUGGAACGGGCUAUACCAGAGCAUCAGGUCAACACGGGUCAGCUUGUCUCUGAUUGCAGACGUGUAUUCAUCAAUUUUGGUUCAACCCCUGCUGCUGAUUGACUUCGUUCAGAAGAUCCUAAAAAUAGAUGUGGAUAGGAACUUGACUGAACCUGAGUAUGAUAAGCUUUUGAAGGCCCUCAGGGAUGUGCAGAUUGAAGUCACACACCGACAUAAUAAACACCAUAAGUACAGAAUUGUUGGCUUGUCAGUGAAGCCUACUAUAGAUUUGAGUUCUGAAUCACCAAGUGGAGCCACAAAGACUGUCACUGAUCACUUCAGAGAAAGAUACAUCCUAGAACUGAAAUACAAAUCUCUCCCAUGCAUCAAUGUUGGCAGCGAGCAGAAGCCAAUUUAUCUUCCUAUAGAGGUUUGCAAGAUAGUUCCCAGGCAGUGUUACCAGAAAAACUUGGAAUGCAGUCAGGUUUCUACUCUAAAGAAGUCAGCCUCCAUCCAGCCUGAACCGGAACAGUCCUGUCAUCAGGUUGUUGACCGCAAACACACAAAAUGUGCUAAUGAAUUUGGCAUAGAAUUCGAUGACAAUCUUACAACAGUUGAUGCUAGAGUUCUGCUGCCUCCAAAUCUUAAGUAUCAUGAUUCUGGAUCUCUGAAAGCGUGGUAUCCAAUGAAUGGGCACUGGAAUAUGAAAGACAAGAAAGUAAUAAAUGGUGCCAAAAUCAGCAACUGGGCAUGUGUUAACUUUUGUGAGGUUUUAUCCAAGAAAGCUAUUGAGGAAUUUUGCUUUAAGCUGGCUGAAAUGUCUCGCAUUAUUGGAGCGGACUUUGCUAAUUUGAAGCUCCCAAUAUUCACUGCACGUUCAGAUGAAAUCCGGGUCGGCUUACGUGAUGCUUGUCCAAAAGCUAAAAAUGAGUUAAAACCUCAGAAAAUUGAAGAUCCUGACGACGAAAUAAAUCAAUCUCGUAUUCCUAAGCCCAAGCCUAUAACCAGAAAGAAAAGAAGAAGAAAGGGAAAAGUUCCAGACUUAGAGGAAGGUGAUGGACAAUCAGCUGAAUCGGUUGCUUUGUUCCUCUUGGAAGAUUGGCUUCCAGAAGACGACGAUAUUGACGAUGAUGAGACUAGAAAGCAAAAAGGUUCAGACUUAGAGGGAGGAGACGGAGAAUCAGAAGAUGAUGAGAUUGCCGAUGAUAAGCAAGCGAGCAAAGCUAAAGAAGUUGAAGGGGUUAACUUUUCUGUUGCCAAGUUUUUGGAGAGAAGGAUGGAAGAAAAAAUUCAGACAAUGAGGAUAAGUGAGUGGUUGUCGAAGAAGCUACAAAAGACAGAAAACUUUCAUCAAAUCAGUCAGUUCAAUGCUGAGAAGGCUACAGUAAAGAAGUUUAUCCCCCCAAAGCCACAUACUAGCAUGUUGCAGCGGAAUACACUAGGUUUGGGGCAGCGGUUAAUGCAUAGAGUAAGUAGGUGCCUUCGGUUCCUGUGACAGUGGCAAAUGCCUUCGGUUCCAGAGACAAUGGCAGUGAAUUGUCUGCAUUAGGGCCUAGCUUAGAAGUGCUGUUUAUAUCGAUUGCUCCUACUUUCGGAAGUCAUUAAGCUAGACCCUAUGUGUUUGUAACUGUGUGACACGUCUCCUGCAUGCUCGAGACGGCCUCCUCUUGUAAAUACUUCCCUCUUGAUGCAGUGUGUGCCUCCAGGAAUUAAGUUCUAGUCUUGUGUGCCUCAAGAAUUAA